UUACAAGUGAUGCCCACCUGCGCAUGCGUUCCAGGGAUGGGCGGAGUUAAGUCGGUCGGGAAGGAAGAGCAGAAAGGAGGACACGGGAACAUCUAGCGAUGGCUGCCAUUAGGAAAAAGUUGGUUAUUGUUGGAGAUGGUGCGUGUGGGAAGACUUGUCUCCUCAUCGUCUUCAGUAAGGACCAGUUUCCAGAGGUCUACGUCCCCACUGUGUUUGAGAACUACGUGGCGGACAUUGAAGUGGACGGCAAACAGGUGGAACUGGCACUUUGGGAUACAGCAGGCCAGGAGGACUAUGACAGACUGAGGCCUCUCUCCUACCCGGACACAGAUGUUAUUCUCAUGUGUUUCUCAGUUGACAGCCCCGACAGUUUAGAGAACAUUCCAGAAAAGUGGACGCCUGAAGUGAAACACUUUUGUCCAAAUGUCCCCAUCAUCCUGGUGGGCAAUAAAAAAGAUCUGCGUAAUGAUGAGCACACCAGACGGGAGCUUGCCAAGAUGAAACAGGAACCCGUUCGAUACGACGACGGCAAAGAGAUGUCGAGCCGCAUCAACGCCUCUGGCUACCAGGAGUGCUCCGCCAAAACCAAAGAUGGCGUGCGGGAGGUUUUUGAGAUGGCGACUCGUGCGGCGUUGCAAGCCAAAAAGCGCUGCAAGAAGUCCACAUGUGUUCUGCUAUAGAGUUGCGGCGGAAUGGGAAGCUGACCCUCCAGCGCACAUGGAGAAUAGAGCUGGGGCGGUGGGAGGGGGCGUGGGGGCCUAAACAUAUGGCCGCUCAAUUUGUGAUCGAUCACCCAUUGCACAACGGCAAAAUCAAACACAUCUGCAACAAUUUCGGGGGGUUCAAACGUGCCAACAUCGUCACGGAGACAAAGGCAUAAGUCAAUGGGCACAUCUCACAGGUAAAUAAGUGAUAAAUAUAACAUUAUAAGGUUAUUGAUCGAGACGAUGUCUUAAGUGUUUUUCUUACUACACAGUAUCGCCUACAUGUAGUGCCUUGAGAGUAGUAAUCGGACCGAGUCACAUAACUUGAUGAGACGCUAUUUGUCAUUUGUAGUACCAAACAUUUGAACACCUCUGUUGGCUUGCCUCCCAUCAGGCCUAUCUUCUGACUCAGGCCCAAAUCAGAUUUCAUGAGGUAUUUUUUCCCCCCAUACCGAUAUCUAUAGAGUAGAUGUAUGAGUGCAGCCACGUGGUGCUUUGUUUCCUCUAGUGCAGGUCUGCAUGCAGUGAAUGUGUGUACAUUUUAUGGCUGUGUGUACGUACCGUGUUUGUCUAUCUAAACCACUCGUGUCCAUGCCAGUUACCCCCCCACCCCCACCGAUCGCCAUGUCGUUUGGCUCGGCCUGGUAAUAAAAUGCUUCUCAGAGUGAUAUAGAAACCUCCACUUUAUGGACGACCAUAAUAAGUAGAGGCACAAUCAGGUUAUCUCGAGACUUUUAGGACCUUUGUAUGUGUGAAAGAGAUUUGAUUUUUUUUUUUUUUAAUCAGUGGGUCAAAUCUUGAGUAGUGUAGUUGAUAAAUUUCAAUAUUAUUUCCAGUAGAUGAUGGAUUUAUUACUAUAAUGUCCAUGAUGUACUAUUUGUCUCACAAGGCCUUGUAAGGACAUUUUAAUGUGUAUUUUAUUUGCCUUUGACUCAAAUCUCUUCAGCAUUCUUAAUGAUUGUUACUAUUGUAUUAUAACUUUAUAAUGUUGACUAUCAUUGUCUUUGUUGUUUUUUUUUUAACACGCAAUUAAUCCUGAUUAGCUGAUUUUGUAACCAUAGUGUCAUUGAAUUCAUUGGCGGGUGGGUUUUUUGUUGUUGUUUUUUUUUGUUCUUCGGCGUUGGGAUUUCUGCAUUUAUUUUUGUUUCCCCUGAAUAAAGCUGGUUUUAGGGUA